AUGUCUUCUCAAACCCAACAACCAAAGGUUCUCUUCGUCCUUACCUCCCAUGAUAAGAUGGGCAACACUGGAAAGCCUACUGGCUGGUAUCUUCCCGAGUUUGCUCACCCAUAUGACAUUCUCUCUCCUCAUGCUCAAAUCACUGUCGCCUCUGUCAGUGGUGGUGCUGCGCCUUUAGACCCCGCAUCUGUUGAAGCUUCCAAGGAUGAUGUCUCUGUCAAUUUCUUGAAGAACGAAGAAUCUCUAUGGAAGAAUACUGCACCCCUUUCGGACUUCGUAGGCAAAGCUUCGGAGUUUGAUGCUAUUUUCUAUGCUGGUGGUCAUGGUCCAAUGUGGGAUCUUGCACACAACGAAACAUCUCACAAAAUCAUUUCUGAAUUCCACACCAAGGAUCGCAUUAUCGCAGCUGUCUGUCACGGCCCUGCAGCCCUUGCAUAUGCCAAACUUCCUUCCGGCAAAUUUUUGCUUGAAAACGCCCCGGUGACUGGAUUCUCAAAUACCGAGGAGGAAGCAUACAUAGGUCUUUCAAACAUGCCUUUUGAGCUAGAAACGGCUUUAGGUGAAGCUAGCAAUGGCAAAUUCGAAAAGGCGUCAGAUGACUGGGCGCCACACAUUGCACUGGCAAAUGGAGGAAAGAUUAUCACAGGACAGAAUCCUGCAAGUGCUAGCGGAGUAGGAGAGGCCAUUUUGGCGCAGUUGAGAAAGGAGGGCAAGAGUGCUUAG